CUUCAAAAUGGCUUCCCAAAUAUUCUAGCAAAGUUCGUUGAUUUCUCUUCGCGAAACACUAUGUAUAUAUAAAUUUCGAUAUAUAUAUAUAUUUACAUAAAAAGAGAAAAUAGAAAAAAUGCCUAAAAAGAAACAAGGAAGAGGUAAAACAAGAAAAGAAAAGAGGGAAGUUAAUGAAGAUAAGGAAAAGCAGUACUUCGAAGAAAUUAUUGAUAUAGAUGAAAAUACAACAAAAGAUUUUGAAUUUCUAUCAAAUGCUCCAAUUUCUAAAAAUGAUGACUUUGUUUUUCAAUCAGAAAAAAAUUGGGAUGUUGAUGUUUUCAAAUACUCUGACUUUUUUACAAUUGAUCUAAAAACAUUAUCUGCAGCAAUAGAAGCAAUUUCAUUUAAUGAAAAUGUUAAUAUUGAUGCAAAGUAUUUUACUGAUGACCAAUUAACAGAUAUCUACAACACUGUGGAACGAGGUAAAGAAAAUUAUAAUAAAAUAUUAAGUGACUCAGAAAAGAUGAUUGUAAAUAAUACAAAACAUGAAGACGAAAAUCAGGAUUUAUUAGAAAAUACAGCUGAUGAUUUAGACUUUUUAUUGUCAUGUCAUAAACCUGUGACUGAUCCUUUGAUAGUUGUGAAAUCUGUAUCUCUUUCUUCUAGCUCUGAUUCAAAAAUAACAAAUAAAUCUAAUACGUCAACCAAAUCUUUGGACUUAGAAAAGUGGCUAGAUUCUAUUUUAGAUGAUUAACUGUGAAUAAUUUAUUAUAUUGUUAUCUCUGCAAAAAUUUCAGAAAAUCAAGAUAAAUAUUUCUGAAUAUUUGCAUAUGAACCAAAACAAAAAAUUUAUUUUUUUCUGAAUAAACAUUAUUAAAUAAGCAUUAAAUAGCAUAACAAAUAGAUUAAUAAAUAUUAGAGUAUAUUCUUUUUUGUGAUAUAUUUCAACCUUUUUUUUACAUAGACAUUUCAAAUUUUAUAACAGAUAUAAUUACACAAUUUUCUUUUCAACAACAUGUUGUAUAAAUCUGACAUAUUUUUUAUUUUAUAUUGUUGGAUGACUGGAUUACUUGUAUAAAACAUUUAUUUGUAAAUUAUUAAUCUUUAAACACACUACCAAUAUCACUAAAUCUAAGGCUAACUCACAUUUCUAACUAUAAUCUCAUACAAACAAAUACAUAUCAAGGAGCCAUUUUUUUUAAACAAUUCAUUGGUAAUGUAAGAAAUGCAUUGUCCAAUCUGCUCUGUAGAGUAAAAUUUUAUUUUAAUCACCAAACUGCAUAUUGAGAAAUGCUGUCAUUUUAUCAUAAACUAUAAGCAUAAUUGCACCACCUGGACCUAAUCGUAAGAUCUUUGGUAACAAUCCUUUAUACAAGGCUCUAAAUCUAAAAUAAAAAUAUUCACAAGCUAUGAAUAUUAAAAAGCAUUUCAUUGUGUACUUACUGGUUGUUAAUCAGAUGCAAUGAGAUUAUGCAAAUAAAAGAAGAAACACUACAUG